AUGUCGUCGUCGAUGGUGAACGAGGCCGUGGACACGGCCGAUCUCUCACUGAGCACGGAGACGAAGCCCGUUGUCCCUGACGACUUCCAAACAGAGGAAGUGGAAGGGAGCUUCUUGAAGAGCAUGCUGGUGCCACUGUUGAUGCCGCACAUUCGCCACAGCUCCUUCACAAACGUGCCAUGGUUUCAAGCCGUGUGCGGCGAAAAGCAAGGGGAGCCAGAGUCGACGGAGCCACCGCUGGUGACGGAGGCCUGGCACGAUCCAGAGGUUGGCAUCCUCUUCCGUAGCAUCAACUUUGUUCUCAGCGUUCUCUUUCACAUGGGCGCGUUCAUCGGCAGCGAAGCAUUCUACAUCACCAUGUUUCCUUACGUGUUCUGGAACAUUGACACGGGCCUUGGCAGCUCACAGGCGUUCUCAUCACUGCUGCACGGCAGGCGCAUCAUCACCAUGUGGGGGCUGUCCAUGUACCUUGGGCAGUACCUGAAGGAUCAUCUCCAGCUUCCGCGUCCAUAUGUUUUGAACAAGGCUGUGCGGUCUUUGGAGAGCCAGUGGGUUGCAGAGUACGGCUUUCCCAGCACCCACACCAUUGCCGUUGUUGGACAGGCCUGCAUUGUUGUCUACCACACGCAUAGGAUGGACUACGAAGGCAAGGGCGACUACCCGCUGCUGUUUGCGCUGGCCGUUGCAACAUUUGUGGUUGUGUGCACCACCGCGGGGCGCGUGUACCUGGGUGUCCACUCCAUCCCAGACCUCAUCGGAGGGUUUGUGAUUGCCGGGGUGCUGUUCAGCGUGUUCCUGGGGCUGGAGAACACCUUUGAGCGGUUUCUGCUGACCAACCCGGCCAGCAGAUGGGCGCCAACUGUCAUGUGCAUCAUCUUUCUCCUCGCAUACCCGCGCCUCAAACACUGGAGCCCAGCGUACGGCGACACAGCGGUGAUCCUGGGUGCAUGCAACGGCGUGUGGGUCACGCAGAUGGACUUUGUCGUCCCUGGGCUUCCCCUCGACUGGCGAUCAAUGCCUGCCCUGACAUGGUUCAUCCUCUCCACAACUCGUCUCGUCGUUGGCUUCUUGACGCUGGCACUCGUCAGGCUUGUUGUCAAGACGACGAUGCGUACGCUGCUGCUUCGGUUGCUUGGCAAAACGGACAAGAAGCCCGAACACCGCUAUGAAAUUGACGUUCCAACAAAGUUUGUGUGUUACUCGUGCGUUGGCUUGGCAGCAGUUAUCCUUGUGCCGAAGAUUUUCGAGCUAAUUGGCCUGCAUGCGUAG